GUGCGUGAUCUACACGCCCAAAACUACAUCAAUCUGGCUGGAAGCGCCAAUCAAUACAAGACUGAAACGCCGUCCGGCAAAUUAGCACAGAAAAUGGCAUCCACUGGCGAGAUAUGGUUGCAAUGGUUCUCCUGCUGUUUCCAGCAGCAGCGCUCCCCCUCGCGACGACCACAUCAACGCCUGCGCAUUGACCGCUCCAUGAUCGGUAAUCCAACGAAUUUUGUACACACUGGCCAUAUUGGCUCCGCAGAUGUCGAGCUGUCCGCCAAUCGUCUCAAUGCGAUAUCAACCCAAAUGCAGAGCAAGGGCGGCUACGAAACAAACUCCAUACACUCACUGCACGCUUGCUGAUGCAGGAAUACAACAAAAUCCAAAUGGCUACGACAAAUGCAUUUGCAAUGUGCAAUUUUCUUUAAAACAAAAAGCAAAAUAUAUACAAACAACAAUAACACUUUUUACACACAAUAUUCUUUGUGUGUUAUCAGUGGACUCUGGAGGGUGCAUGACUAAUGGGCAACAUACAUGCUGAGAGCGCCCAGACAGACAAUGGAAUCCAAGGGAUUGGCCAGCUUGUAACUUAGUUAUGUGUAUUCAGUGCAACCUUAGCUAUAAGCCCUAGCCCCAAAAAAGUGUGUGCAACUAGACUAACUAACUAUACUGUACUCUAUAUAUAAUUGUUCAAUAACUUUGUUUGUGUGUGUGUGUGUGUAUUUGCCUCUUGUGAGUAUUAUUAAAAUGAAAAAUCGCAAAAGCUCUGACCCAUAUAGCUAUUUGUACUUAAUGCCAAACGCCGAGUAUGGUAAUUGGAAUAGCUAUAGAUUAAUUUCAAUUGCAUGCAAACACAAAUCAAACAUUGCCAGAGAACAACAGAACUGCCUUAAUGAGUGUUGAGCAUUUUAGAGCACAUGCAAAACAUUUAACAAUGAAAAUCAAAUCAAACACAUACAUACAUAUGGUGUGCCGAAAGAUGUGUGACAAUUUUACAAUGCUAAUUUUGCAUUUAUAUAAUGUUUUUAACAACAAAUUAUCAUAUGUUAUGGACAAGAAACUGUCGCACAAUCACUUAAAACUAAAAAAAAACUGAAUAU